CAUAUCCAUGAUGAAUUAUUUUUUGUCUCUCAACAAAGAAAAUGUUGAAAAGAAUGAGAGGAUUCAUCCAAGGAACUCUUGCAAUCAAAUGCUCAAUAGGUUUCAAUCACUUAGGGAUCACUCAAUGACACCUCAAGGUAUGCAACAGAGACCUCAAAAUUGUCCUCGUCCUCUCAAUUUCAUGCAAGGAAAAUGCCAAGACAAUAAUAAUGUAGAUGUCAAGCCUCAACUACUGAUGCCACAUGUCUUCUCUGGCAACAACGUUAAUCUCUCAAGAACAAGACAUGAUCAAAUGUUGCCUUUUGCUCUUUCAAGUAUUGCUCAAAGACAAACUGAUUAUCGUAAUCUUAUGAGUCUUCCAUCUCAGACAGACUCAAACAAAAAAAAUUUAAUCAAUAGUGUCGAUUUACAAAGUCAUACAAGUAGUUUUCUUAAUCCCUCAACAAGAGCUACAUUUCAUAACCAAGAAAACCUUUAUGGAGCAAAUUCUUUAUAUCCAAAUGAUCAAAGGAAUAACUCUUCAAUGUUUAAUUAUUCAAACCCCCUUCCAAGGGUUAACAUGAAUACUUUUCAUGCAAAAGAUAUAGCUAAGCCAAAUCUAUUGCCUCCAAUUCAAAUUCAACAUUUGAACUUGCUUUCUUACAAGGAUAUAGCUCAAGAAAAAACAAUGAAGCGUCCUUGGUGUGAAGUUCAAGAGAAUGACAUCAUGACAAGUGUUUCAAAAAGGCAAAGGAUGAACUUUACUCCACCUAAUUAUUAUGAAGUGCAACCUGGAAUCAAAGAGUUACUUCUUUUCAAAGAUGAAAAGCAUUCAGUUCUUAACGUCAAAAUUAAAAAUGAUGCAAAAAAGAAUAAUGUUAGGGACAAUUUGGAUCUCUCGCUACACUUGUGAAUCAUGCUAUGUCAUACAUCUCCUUUUAGUUUAAUUAAUAUCUUUUAUUCAUGUUUUUAAAU